AUGGCGGAGGCGGCGCCGCCGGCGCCGGCGCGCGACUGGUGGCUUUGCAUGUCGCCGGACGCGUGCAACAACCCGAUCACGUGGUGGUUGGGCCAAUAUGAUGAGAAGAGCGGCACGUUUGACGUCACCGCGGCAGACGGGCCCCACAGGCUGGACCUUGGGUCCACCCUCUAUGCGGCCACUCUCUGGACAGACCCCCAGGGCCGCCAGCUGGUGUACGCGUGGAUCCAGGAGCACCGCCGCGUGCCCACGCCGCCCGCACUGUGCGGGGACUACUCCUACGCCGGCUGCAUCAGCACGCCGCGCGUGGUGACGCUGCUGGACGGCCGCCUGCACCAGGAGCCCCUGCCUGAGAUCACACGCCUCCGCACACGGGUCUCCUGGCACGCGCGCGGCCUGAAGCUCGACCCUGCCGGCCCCCUCCUGCCCCUGCGCGUCGUCAGCGGCACCCACCUCGACAUAUCCAUCACCCUCGUGCCCCCCGGCCCCCGAGCCUCCCCCUCCGACAUCGGCAGCGGUGGCAGCUCCGAGGACCGGGGCAAGGGCGAGCCUGCGGCCGCGGGGCUGGUGUUCAAGUCGUGGCGCGCUGGUGGCCGCGGGGCGGCGGUGUUGAGCUUUGAUUGGGACAGCCACUUUCUGGCUCUGGACUGGGACGAACCCUUCCCCAACGCCUACGACCCCCGCGGGGCGGACAGCCCCGAGGGGCGGCGCGUGGGCGGGCCGCUGCGGUUUUACACGCCAGGCGAGCCGCUGACCCUGCGCGUCCUGCUGGAUGGCUCAGCCCUCGAAGUCUUCACCUCCACCGGCGAGACCCUCACCAGCCGCAUGUACCGCGGCCACCCGCCCGCCUGCCCCUGCCCCGGCUGCGGCCACGGCCGCGGCACCGACCCCACCAUCAACUGCGACGGCGUCGCGCCGGCGGCGCCGCCGGCAGGGCAGGGGCAGGAGGAGGAUCGUACUGGCGUCGCGCUGUUUGCGUCGGGGGCGGCGGUGGAGGUCGAGUCCCUUGAUGUGUGGGAGAUGGGCUCCUGCCGCGCCGCCGCGCCCGCGCUGCCCGCCGCCGCGCACGCCGAGGCCGCGCUCGCCGCCGUCGUCGCGCGCGCCGCCGACGCAGAGGCGGCCGCCGCGGAAGUGGAGGGCGCGCUCCCGCCGGGGGCGAAACCUAUUGAGGCUGGCGGGGAUUGCGUGGGCGCGACAGCGCCGCACGCGGCGCCCGAGGAGGCGACUGAUGAGGCGCAGGUGGCAGGGUCAUUUUUGGAGGUCCUCCACAUCAACAGCGCCUGA